AUGGCAGAUGCAAGCUUUAAGAAGGAGUUCCUGGAAACCCACAAUGCCUACAGGGCACAGCACAACGCAAAGCCGCUGACCUAUAAUGACGAGCUGAAUUCUGCAGCUCAGAAGUGGGCAGAUCACCUGCUUAGCAUCAGCUCCAUGGGGCACAGUGACACGAAAGAUGGAGAGAAUGUCUAUAAUAUGUGGAGCUCUGCACCCCUUAACCUGACAGGGAAAGAAGCUGUGGAAUCAUGGUACAAUGAGAUAAAGGAUUACAACUGGGGCAGACCUGGAUUUGCUAGCAAUACUGGUCAUUUUACUCAGGUGGUAUGGGCAGAAAGCACUGAACUGGGCGUGGGUCUGGCCACUGAUGGCAAAAAGGUCUUUGUUGUCGGGCAGUACCGUCCAGCUGGUAACAUGAACAUGCCAGGAUACUUUGAGAAAAACGUCCACCCAAAAGGUAACAUAGAUACAAAGAAGAGUUUUACAUAA